AUGAAGGCCGGCCUCCUCUUCCUCGCCGCCACCGCGGCCGUCGCCGCUCCUCUCGAGAGCGUCGCCCCUCGCGCCGAGUUGGGAUCUUUCCCCAUCGCCGAGCUCGAGGAGUACUACAACAAGGCCUACUCCGUCAAGCCCGCCGACGCCGCCGCGCUCGCUCCCACGAUCGCCAAGCGUCAGUACAACGGGGACACCUUCAACCAGCUGACGGAUGGCACUGCUUGCCGUCCCGUGACGCUCAUCUGGGCUCGCGGCACCACCCAGUCCGGCAACGUCGGCGAGGCGGGUUCUGAAGGCCCGACCUUCUUCAACGCCCUUGCUUCGCGCAUCGGAGCUUCAAACCUCGCGGUUCAGGGUGUCAACUACUCUGCCAGUAUCAUUGGCUUCCUCGCCGGUGGUGAUUCCGCUGGUAGCACUACCAUGGCCAACUUGGUUUCCACGGCCGCUACCCGGUGCCCCAACACCAAGAUCGUCCUCUCUGGCUACAGCCAGGGUGGCCAGCUGGUCCACAACGCCGCGAACAAGCUCACCACUGCUUUGACCAACAAGAUCUCUGCUGUCCUCAUCUUCGGCGACCCGUUCGACGGCCAGCCUGUUGGCAACAUCCCCGCGUCCAAGGUCAAGGUCAUCUGCCACGCCGGCGACAACAUCUGCGACGGUGGCAUCAUCAUCACCGAGGACCACCGCAACUACGAGCAGGAUGCCCCCGCUGCUGCCGCCUUCGUUGCUGGCCUUGUCCAGUAA